AUGUCCUACUUCUGGCUCUUUGCUACUGUCGCUGCUUUCGCCUCUGGCCCUCUGUGCCCAUUUGUCCUGCUCUUUGCCUGCAUAUUGCAGUUGCUUAUUUCCUUCCCCGUUCUCUUCGCCUCGUUGUUUUGCCUCUUCAUGUUUUUCGUCUUCUUCAAUGAUCCCCUUGUUGCCUUUUGGCAUUCUCUUGUCGACGUUUGGGUGUGGUGUUCGUCUGACUGGGAUCCACGUACUUUGCAAGCAAUGCGUGACAAUGAAGAAGCAACGAAGUUUGUGAAGGAGGCUCGAGCUUACUGGAAGGUUGUUGAUCUUGCUGGUGCUCCCUUGUACGAUGUUGCUGCUGUUGACGGUUCUGCUGUUGGUGUUUCUGCUGCUUCUGCUGGUGCUGUUGUCGAUGGUGUUCUUGUUUCUUCUGCUGGUGCUGUUGUUUCGUCUUCUGCUGUUGGUGCUGUUUCUUCUCGUUCUGGUGCUGUUCCUUCUUCUGCUUUUGCUGGUCCUGUUUCUUCUUCUGCUUUUGCUGGUGCUGUUUCUUCUUCUCGUUCUGGUGCUGUUGCCUCUUCUUCUCGUUCUGGUGUGGUUGUCUCUUCUUUUGGUGGUGUUGUUUCUGCUUCGGAUGACGUUGGCUCUCUUCGUGGUGUUGCUCAGGACGUUGACCCUGUUGCUGCUGCUGUUGAUGGUGUUGCUCCUUUUGAGGAUGCAAUUGACGAGCUUUGUGACCUCUUUGCUCAUUUGAGCGCCAACGAUCCGUUUGAUGAGGAUGUGCACAUGGCACAGCCUCCUGACCGACGAUAUGAAGAGCCAAUUGCUGCUGUGGAAAUCGAUGACGACAUGAUUUCCUAUAUGUCUGCCAAUUUGGCUACCUCUCCUUUCCUUCACAACGAUGACAAUCCUAUUCUCAUCGAUAUGCCUUCUCCUACCAUCACCUCACGUCCCGCAACACCUCCUCCAUCGCCUCCACCAUCGCCUAUGCCAAUUCCUAUGGAGGAAGACUUUACGCUCCUUUCACCUGUCAUCAAUGCCGCCAAUACCACCACUAAUACCGACACGGCCACUACACCUCUUCUUUCCGCUACUAUGACCACCUCUAUGCCUGCCACUACCGCUACCAUCACUAAUACCGCCAUCGACACUGAUACCACCAUCACCACUAAUGCCGCCAUCACCACUACAACUACUCCUACAUCCACUAUGACCACUUGUAUGCCUGCCACCGAUACCCACCUUGUUAUUCCUCAAGAUACCCAACCACCUACACCGCACCCUAUUACUACUACUCCUACUACUGUUACUCCUACUACUGUUACUCCUACUACAACCACCGCCACCAUUAAUUCCGUUACUCCUGCUCCAAUUUCCGAUGCCACUACUAUCACCAACACUCGCAACACCACACCCUCAUCAUCACCACGUCCGCAACCACGUGGUCAUCAAGACCAAAGCCACCAAGAGCAGCAACAGGCAUGGGCUGAAUUUGCUGCUUGGCUUGAAGAAGCCACGGAGGACUUGGACUAUGAUCCGGAGAAAGAGGAGGAUGAUGAUGACGAUGACGAUGACGAUGAUGAUGAUGAUGGUGACGAUGUCGAUGAUGGUGGCGAUUACGAUAGUUAUGACGAUGGUGAUGAAGAUGACUAUGACGAUGAAGAUGACUACGACGAUGGUUAUGGCUAUGUCCUUGAUGACCACGAUGACGAAGACCAGUAUGUCUACGAGGAAUACGAAGCUUUCUAG